UUCGGCUAGUUUAGUUUAGAGAGAAAUUUAAAGAUAUUUGAAUGCGUUUCAAAUUUUGAAGUGUUUUAGAUUUUCCCGGAAACUGUUGUCAGUAAAAACACCGACCGUUCCUAAGGAUUUGUGACUGAUUUGUCUUGUGAGCUGCGAAUCUUUUUGUUUUUUUAUUCUGCGUGAAAAUGGCGUCUGAGGUUGAACUGGCACAGUCUGCUAAGCCCGGUGGCGACACAAUAUUUGGAAAAAUUAUUCGGGGUGAAAUUAAAACUGAUUUUUUGUAUGAAGAUGAUCAGUGUGUUGCCUUCAAUGACAUAGCUCCUCAAGCACCUGUUCAUUUUCUUGUUGUACCUAAAAAGCCCAUAGUGAAGCUAUCUGAUGCCGAGGAUGCAGAUGAACAGUUGUUAGGUCACCUUCUUGUGGUGGCCAGGAAAGUAGCCAAAGAUAAAGGUUUGGUCCAAGGCUAUAGAGUGGUCAUCAAUGAUGGUCCAGACGGUGGCCAGGCUGUUAUGCAUAUUCAUGUUCAUGUGACUGGUGGUAGGCAGAUGGAGUGGCCCCCAGGCUAAUACAAUUGAACUUCCAUGUCAGCACGUUUUGUUUUCCUUAAUUGACACUUAUAGAACGUAGAAUGUAAUAGAUCAUAAAAUGUUUCAAUGUAAUAUUUCAAUCAGAAUUUAACACACUAUUGCUUCAUUAGUAACUACAUUGUUUCAGUGGCUGUAAAACUUCAUCAUAGCACUAAUGAAAAAAAAAAUCUUCAGAAAUUUAUUUGAAAACUAUAAGCAACACACAUUGUAUUGUCUUGAAACUUGAUAAUUUAUUGAUAACACUAAGUAAAUUCAAAUUUUUAUUUCAUUAAAUUACUGAUAAAUGUUCUCUAAUGGCAUAGUUUUACAAACGUAUAAUUAAAGACAUGACAAUUUUUUUAUUAGAAGAAAUAAUGAUUUUUCAAUACAUUAAAAAAAAUGUAAUCCUUUAUCAGUGAUAAAUUAUGAUAAGAAUUACAUAUCUAUACCAUUUUAAUAAUUUCUUGUCAAAUACAAAUAUUUUAGUAUCAUUAUCUUUGAUUAUAAGUCUUUUGUUUUACAGGAUUGUGAGUAAUUUCUUUAAUGUUUAAAUUUCUGCCUGUUAUUAUUAUUAUGGUUUUUUGCAUGUCUUUGUCUUGUUUGAAACUAUCAACUUAUUCUUUCGUGUUUGUAGUUCAUUGAAUGAUGUCUUUGCUAGCUAUUAUGAAAUGUCUAUUGACCUGUGUAUCUCCAGUUGUUGGGUCACCUUCUCAUUGUGGCUAAACAAGUGGCUAAGCAGAGAAAUCUGGAGAGAGGUUAUCGGAUCAUCAUCAAUGACGGUGCCCAUGGUGGUCAGUCGGUCUAUCACAUCCAUAUUCAUGUUCUGGGUGGACGACAGUUGGGCUGGCCCCCAGGUUAAUCAAGUUAGGAACUAAUUCAAUUUCAAAUUAUAAGUUUCUGCCUUGCUUGAAAUUUAUUCAGAUUUAAGUUUUAUUUUCAUUUGGAUUGUUCAAAGCAAAAAAAUUAAAAGAUUUGUGUUCCUUUAUUUUGACUAGUUUCAAUUAGGAACUGUUUUGUGUGUUCAAGAAAAGAUUAUAAUUUCCUUUUAUUUAUGUAAAUCUGUACCUGUAAUUAAAGGUAAACUAAGAAAAAAACAUCUGUUGCCUAUUGCAUAAUAUUUUUUUGAACUUGUUGAAAUUAAGUUUAUUGUCAAACAUUUAGAUAGUUGUUGAAUAUAUUAUUAGUAGGAGAAGAUUUAUGGAAGGAAAUGGUGUAUAAGACAGCCAACUUUCAAAUUUUGUUUAAAAAUUCUUUACCAGAAUAAUGGAAGUGUAAAGAUGUAUUAUUAUUUUUUAAAAAGGUAAAAGGCUUAUACUCAAUUCUGAUUUGACUGUCUGAAUCUUUCUUUUGAUUUACUUUAUCAAUAAAGUAUUGAUCCAAACUGC